AUGGCCGCCACCACAGUAGCUCACGGUGUCAAGACGCUCGGCGUGGUGGGUGCCGGCCAGAUGGGUCUUGGCAUUGCCUAUGUUGCGGCUCUUCGUGCGCAGAUCCCUGCGGUGCUGCUCUGCGAUGCCUCGCCCGCCGCGCUUGAGAAGGGCGUGAGCUUCUUCGAAACGCUACUCAAGAAGGACGUGAGCAAGGGCAAGAUCCAGCAGUCUGACGCUGACGCAGCACGUUCACGACUCAUUACGGUGGAGAAGCUGGAGGAUUUUGCGAGCAAGGGCGGCAAGGGUGCUGCGGAUAUGGUGAUUGAGGCUGCCACCGAGAACCUGUCGAUCAAGCAAAAAAUCUUUGGAACGCUGGCGUCGAGCCUGCCGCUCGAGACCAUUUUGGCCACCAACACGAGCAGUAUCAGCGUCAGCAAGAUCGCCGCCAGUGCCGUGGGCGCACACGUGAAGCCCGGAUCCGAAGAGGCCUGGAAGAGUCCCGCUCGUGCCUUGGGCAUCCACUUCUUCAACCCAGUCCCCGUUAUGCCUCUGGUUGAGCUCAUCCCCGCGAUCCAGACGAGUCCCGAAGUAGUCGACCGCUCACGCGCGUUUGCCCAAGCAUGCGGCAAGGAGGUCACCACCUCCAAGGACGUGCCCGGCUUCGUCUCGAACCGUCUGCUGAUGCCGUUCAUCAACGAAGCGGUCAUGGCACUCGAAAAGGGCAUCGCAUCCAAGGAGGACAUUGACAAGACGCUGCGUCUGGGCAUGAACCACCCCAUGGGUCCCUUGACGCUUGCUGAUUUCAUCGGUCUCGAUACGUGCUUGAGCAUCAUGGAGACGCUCUACAGGGAGACGGCCGACAGCAAAUACCGACCCGCUGUGCUGCUCGGGCGAAUGGUCGACGCCGGCUGGUUCGGCAAGAAGAGCGGAAAGGGCUUUUACGACUACCCUUCCAAGUAA